GAAAGGGAGAUGGAGGAGGAGAAGGAGGAGGAGAGAGUGUGAGAGAGAGAGGGAGAGAAGAGGGUGACCAAACGGAGGGAGGAGGGAGGGGGAAACGGCGUAUGCUUGUAUACAACCCUGAUUUCCAUUUUUUUCCCAACUCGUAAUGUAUUUAAUUCAAGUGAAACGUAAUCAUGACGUGUCGUGUCAUUAAUCUCCUCGCCGCCUCUCCCAAAAUUAAAGGAGAAGGCUGCCACCGAAGUGUGUCCCCCGUCAGCCGAGACAGUAAAGAAUGGCAUAACACCACACACACUUCUGAGGAUGGAUUCUCCGCCAGAGUGUGUGUUGUCUCUUUCUUUUGAGCAGCCCCAGUCUCCCCAAACACUGCCAUCCCUGGACCACAGUCCCCAGGCCUCUUCUCCUCAAACCCAACUCUCUCUACCCAACAGCCCUACUGUCCUGCCAAUUCACAGCCCCGAAACUUUCCCUCAGAGCCCUGACACCACGCCUUAUUUCCCCCUCUCUCCCUUUCCCCUCCACGGGGACAACAAUCACCACGAUGUUGAUGAAGAAGAUGACACGGAAGGCCUGGAUGGAGUUCCUCCGUCCCCGACCCCAGCCGUGGCUCUUUUCCCAGGAGGCGGGGGACAAGAAGCUGUAUGCAGCCCGUGUUUGGACUCCUCUCCACCAGCCACACCAUCAGCCCCAAUCCUGGGGUUUGGAGCCCUGGAGCUGGCCCUAUCAUCUGGGCAAAGUGGAAACUGCAACGACGAGCUAGACCUCCAGCUGUUCCAGAAAGAUACUGUUACCAGGGCAAUACCUGGAGUGGGAGGGGCUUCACCAGGGCCUGCGCUUAGGUUUCCCUGUCAUGUAUGCGGAAAGAGAUUCAGAUUUCAAAGCAUUUUGUCUCUUCACGCCCGAGCUCACAGUCUGGACCGAGACCGCAGAGCUUCAGCUCUAUAUCGGACGGGACUCCCCUCAACACCCCUGAAGCAGCACCUCAAAAUUCAACAGAACCACAAAGACUUAAACCAGAAUCACAGAAGUCACCCAAACCAGCGUAUACGGCCAGGGACUCUCAUCCAGCAUCUCACGGAAGAGGAGGAUGACGGUGAGGUCAAAGGUCUAGACAACGGCCUACAGACAGACCAGAACCCAAACUUUUUACUGGAUGACAGCACACCAUUGACCCCUCCACUUACAGAGGACCCUGUUUCUGUGACCCCUCCCUAUGCUUCUACAAUUGGGGAGGGUACGUCUACUCCUUUAGCGCCUACAUUUCGCUGCCAUGCCUGCAAAGGAAAAUUCCGUACGGCUUCGGAGUUGGCUCGCCAUGUCCGCAUUCUCCACAACCCAUAUAAAUGCACUCUUUGUCCUUUCUCCGCCAGCCAAGAAGAGACCCUGGCAUCCCACUUGCAGGAGUGCCACCCUUCCCCUGAGGUACCUGCUCUGCCACCAGCCUUCAAUUCAAGGGGAAUCAUUACAACUCCUGAUACUCCUGUGCCAACCCCGACCCAUACCCCAGCUCCAACCCCAAGUAUAGCACAGGUGACAGCAGCAGCUACAGCGGCUGUGUCCCCCGCACUGCCAGCAUUUCGCUGUGAUACUUGUGGACAGCGGUUUACCCAGUCUUGGUUCCUGAAAGGACACAUGCGAAAGCACAAGGACUCCUUGGACCAUAAGUGCCAGGUUUGUGGCCGUGGCUUCAAAGAGCCUUGGUUCCUCAAAAACCACAUGAAAGUACAUCUCAACAAGCUUGGGCUGAAGACAGGACUGGGAACCCUUGGGGGACCAGGAGGUGCAGAGCAGCAAGCCAAAGGCUCCGCUAAUAAUCAGUCCCUCAACGCCCUCUAUUCAAGCCUCCUUCUCGCCCAGCAAAGAGGUGGAAGAGGUGGACAAGGAAGAUCAGAGAGAGAAACUGGAGGAAGAAUGGGGAUGGGCUCAAGCAAGUCAGCCAUUCUGGGCUACCUCGGAUUGCCCAAUGAUGGCAGUGGGGCCAGCUGCAUGGAGAGACUUCAAGCAGUGGCUCAAGUGGCGGAGAUGGGAAAUGGUGGUGGUGGCAUUGGCAGCUCAGGAGUAGGGGACCAAGGAAGAGGAGGGGGAGCAACUAGAGGAGUGGGCACAGGUGAGACUACCGCAUCAAUUUCAGAAGGCGACCAAGCAACUUGGUGGCAGCUCGUGGCUCGCAGCCUGGCAGUUGCUCAGCAGCAGCAGCAGCAGCAGCAGCAGCAGCAGCAGCAGCAGCAACAGCAGCAACAGCAGCAGAGGUCCCACCAGCGAGGCCAGCAACAAGGCCAGCGAGGCACAGGUCGGAGCUCAGUGAUCACAGAGGCCGACCAAGUCAGAGCGUACCUUGGAGGCCUGGAUCCAAGAGAGGAGUCUGGUGGAGCAGGAGGGCCAUGGGAAUGCCCAGACUGUGGAAAGCUGUUCCGCAGCCUGCAGCAGGUGGUGGUUCAUGCUCGCGUUCACACUCAGAGGCCCCAGAAAGGAGGUGGUGGCGAAGAUGAGGGGAGUGGUAGUCGCAGAGGAUCAGGGCUAGGAAGACGAGCCAGCGGUGAAGUGAGGCAAGAAUCUCAGCUACACAGUGGUGCAUCCCAACAAACAGGAGAAGUGAGACAGGAAUCAAAACUGCACAGUGGUGGAUCACAUCAAGCAGGAGGAGCUACAGGGUUUCACUCUGUCAUCUCAAGUCUCAAAGGAGAAAAUGGCUUGACAGCAGUCUCCUCCAUACCUUCAGUUCCCACCAGGGAGCGAGUGCGUGGUAGAGGAAUAAAAGACUGCCCCUACUGUGGUAAAGCCUUCCGCUCUUCACACCAUCUCAAAGUGCACCUGAGAGUUCACACAGGUGAAAGACCCUACAAAUGUCCCCACUGUGACUAUGCCGGUACCCAGUCGGGCUCGCUGAAGUACCACCUUCAGCGGCACCACAGGGAGCAACGCAACGCCUUGUCAGCCUCCUCCAAUUCUUCCUCUAGUGGUCUCACCUCCACUAUCCACAGUCUGACCUCUGCAACCUCUGGACUGGCCAAGCAGCGCCGAUCCAGGCUCAACCACUGCCCGGUCAAUCGAGGUCAAACAGACCCCACCUCCCAGUCCAGCCAGCAGUCUUGGCUCCUUGGGGUUCCAGACCAGCGAGAGCAUCGGAAGACCUUGGCGGCUCUAAGGGAUGUCGACUUGGAGACCCAGUACAGGUAUCUGUCUGGGGUGAUGGGGGCCCUUUACCAAGGUGGAAUGGAAGGAGGCUGGAUUAGGGAGUCUCCCCCACCUAAGGCCCCUAAAGUGUCCCGCCGUAAGCCCCUUACUACUAGCCGAAUGGUUCAGUCGUCGACUGAUAAGGAAGGGCCUGCGCUUUCAACUCAAGAGGGGGGAUUUGAACCACUGGAUCUGUCCCGUCGCGCCUCACCUGGCUUUGGUGGCAUGGAGGAAGAUGGAUGCAUGAGUUUAGGGGAGGGAGGAGGUGUUGGUGACGGGGAUGGCGGAGGGGAUAGUUCAACAGGGGUCAAACUGAGCCAGUGUUUGUUCUGCCCUUUCCGUACAUCUUCAGCAGAGCUGAUGGCCAUGCACCUGCAGGUUAACCACACUAGUAAGUCCAGGCGCAAAAGAGCCCCUUCUACCGCCUUGGAUGAUGAUGGAGCCCCAAAGGCCACCAAGCCCCGGAUAGAUCAGUCUGAUCUUGACUCUCUGACAAUAUGGAGGCAUGUGACUGAGGCAGAGUCCCAGGCAUCACUUGGGGAAUGGUCCUCAACGCAGGCCAAGACCAUGAACGGGCUCUCUCCGGCUACAGAAGAACAUCUAGAUGACAUCCUCGACCACCCAGACGUGGCAUCGGUAUCCAAGAAUGUAAGAGACCGUCUGGCACUCAAGGGAACGAUGGAGGGGUACGAGGAAGAGCAAGAGGAGGAAUUGGAAGAUAUUUUGGAGAACAGCAGCCUGGAGGAUUUGGAGGACCAGGAUCUGAGGAUGUCCCUGGCUCUUUCACCUGUGCUGACCUCCAACCACAUGGUGGGAGAGGAGGAAAGAGUCUUAACAGAUUAAAAUCCUUUGGGAUGAAAUCAUUUAAAUUGGAUAGUUUGGUUCAGUGUUUUCAAUUGCAUUUGACACAGAAUUGAAGAAGGGGCAGGUAGCUUUGCAGAGCAAACAGGACUCUUUACUCCUAAGGUUUUGAAAAGAACAGAAUCACAACACAGCUGUUAUUUUCCCUCCAGCAUUAAUCAUCUACUUCAAUUCUGAGACUGUGGUCAACCACAAAAUAAGCCUCCUGUACAAAAGAGCAUAGCGGUAUCUUUACAGGAUUUUGCUGGCUUUUUUCUCUUUCUGUCAAGCUUCAAUCCAUGAUGGAUGGUUUUUAAGGUGAUCUCCUAUUUGAUAAAUGAAAGAAACUUGUAAGAUCUAGGGCAUAAUUCCUGCAUUAUUUCACACGCAUUCAUUUCACACUAAUAGUGGACUGUUUAUCCCAGACUACUAUACGGACCAAGCUGAAGCCAGCUGGGAAGAGAUGUUCUCCUAACUGACCAUUGAACAGUUUGAAACCUCAAACUUCAAGUUCCUCCUCAACCCACACGUGGAGGAAAGUUGAGUCAAGAAAUGUUUUAACCUGUGAAUCUCAGCUAAGCUAUUUGGUAUUAAUUUAAGGCAUGAGGUAACUGUUGCAGGCCGCAAGCUUUCCCUCAAGUAUAUAUCACUGCCUUGUUUGUCUGAAAAGUGUUUCUAUGCGAUUGUCCUAAAGAAAACGGAAAUGUUUGUAACAUUUUUUCAUUUUGAGUUAGUGCCUGUUCAUGUAUGUUGUCAAGAGAGCCUCUGGUAUUCCUGCGUAUCAAGGCUCUGAUAGGUCAUUCAUUUUAUCUGAAUAUACAGUUUAAAACAAUUUAAGUACAAUAUAUUUGUUAAAAGUGGUUCUAGGGUGUUGUGAAUAGUUACGUUGUAAAAGUAAUGCUACAUCGUGAUGACACGGACGGCAGACGUUUGUGGCUCAGCUUGAAAGUAAAACAAAAAAAAAGUAGGUGAUAUAAUGUAUAAUGCGAUGAAAGAGGUCAAAGGCGGAGCGAUAAAAGGGGUAAUGUAGAUGCAUUGAGAAGAACAAAACUCAGAGCGGGAGGCUGAUUGAAGGCUGUAGGAACGUCGCCCAAGCCCCAGAACACAAUCAACUGACACAGCCUUUUUAAAGAGACAGAGACUUAGCAACUGUGUCAAAAGGAACAAUCUCUCCAUAGAAGAGACGAUACAAGGUAAACGAAAAAGACACCAGUACCUCUGCCAAACAGGACUUAAGCUGAGAAUCAAGUACUCUGGGGGUAUGGUGUCUUUUAGAUGAGUAGAUUCCCUUCUUUUUUUAUAAGAAAAGAAAAGACAAGACAAUGGUAGGAGUUAUUAUUAAAACACUAACAAAUGCAUAGACAUCCCAGUAGAAUAUGUGUAGCUUUUGUAAUGACAAUAAGAAGAAAAAAAAGCAGACUUUUGUUUAUUUUCAUUUCAAGAUGCGUACAGAAAAAGGUUAUCAAUAUAGGUAAUAUUGAUUAUAAUGUUUGUGAGCUAAGACUAGUUGGAAUGUCUAUACAGAGCACUGUGCAAGGUUUGAGUUCCCAAAGUAGUUGUUUUUAUUUUGACUUUACUGAUAGACCAAACGUUUUUCAAUGGAAGUUGCCACUUUCUGUUGUCGUUUUCAAUGUGUAAAGCUGUGGUUUCCAUAGAUUUACCCCAUCGAUUAGCCAAAUCGGUCAAUCAGUUGAUCAGUGCAUCACAUAUCCAACCAUUGAACUCGUUGUUAAAGAAAGUUCUCAUUCAAAAUACAUCACUUUGUGUAUACAUCAACACAUUUACCGAUAUUAAUAAAAAAAAUCUCUGACAAUGAAUGCUUGUUUUGAAGAGUAAAAAAAAAAAAAGAAUGUGAGACAGUAAUAUCCCCUCACACUGGUUAGCAACUAUUUAUCUAUAUUACCUAAUUUUUGAUGGGGUAUUCUAUUUGCAACCACACCUUAAUGUGCAUUAAUGUGUUUAAGUUCCUUCUUUAGAGCACCUUAUGAGUUUUGUAGUGAAAGUCCCUUAGUGGUGUCUCCUUAACAACUACUGUCAAUGCCAUCGUGCCUUCUGUUUCAAGCACUUCCUGGUGUAUUUUGUAAAACUCACCAAAAGCACUUAGCCUACAUCACACUCUUUUCUUCCUCUCUGUCUACGUCCUUUUCUAUCUUCUCUUUUCUUCCUCUUCUCCUUCAUCACCUCCACUCAUUUCCUUAAUCCCUUUCUCGUGUCUUUAACUCUUGACCCCUCUCUCCUGGGGGAAGGUGUUUUCAUACCAGAUUUCCCUCUUCUGUUCAGGCCUGUUCGGCCCUAAACAAGGCCACUAGGCCUUAUUACAAUCUAGCAUGGCUAGACUCUUGAAAGAAUGGACUACCUAACCUUUAGACAAGAAAAAUCAUUAUAGAUGUAGGGUUGGACAACUUUCGGUCUUUAAUACUAACCCUUUGUAAACCAAAGCCCAAGUCUAAUGAAUACUAUCUCAUGAUGGUGCCAAAACAUGUCCAAGAUGACACUAAAGCAUGUAUCAACUUAAGAAAACACAAAAAUUCACCUUUCUCUUUAACCCAUCCUCCCUCCUUUUCUCUCUCUCUCUCUCUCUCUCUCUCUCUCUGAUGCUUGCUCUUCCUCCAUGCCGCUCUCUCGUCCGUAAACUGUCUAUAUCUAGCACCACUUGAAGGUGACGUGUACUAUCUGGUAUUGAGGCCUUUAUUAGAUUUUUAUUUCAGUUUGUGUGGUGUUUGUUCAAUGCCGUUGAGAUGGAAAAAUGCUCUUCUUAUAUUGAUAAUUAUUAUUGUUUUGGCAUUAUGGUUGAAAAAAAACAGCAAAAAAAAAAACAAGAGAAAUGUGUUGUUGAAUGUUGUACAGAUAGCACUAGAGAUGUUGUGUUUUUUUAAAGAGAGCACAAACCUGAGUGAUGGCCCCUUCUACUCCUCCCACUGGCAGAUGGGAAUAAAACAGCCUGCCAAUCAAUCUAGAUGUCUAAUGACAAAAAUGUCCUCGGUGAUGACAGGUUUUCAAAACAACCCCUUUGUCUAAGUAGCAUUCUUCUCUGAAGAUUUGAAUGCAAAAAAGGCAGCCUUUGACUCAAACCGUAUGCCCAAAUUUCUUGCACAUCCUCUCUAAAAGACAAACGCAACACUUGAGCCAAUAGUUUUACUAUCUGAGGGAUAGUUUCAUUUAUUCUAUUUUGCCUAUUUACUAAGAAACACAUGGUUGACUUUAAUGUGUGUUUUUUGGAUCAUAUAGAUCCAAAACCUACACCUUCAUCACUGAGGAGUUUGGAACUAUUUGAUCCC